AUGGCCGAGGCGCUGCGACCAGAGCCGCCGGGGCGGGCGCCAUCCGGAGGCCGACUGUCGCAGCGGCUCGCCCGCCACCAAGCCCGCUCGUAGGCACACGCCAGCGUGGCGCCCCGCGGCAGAAGCGAUACGUGACACCGGCUGAGCGCGGACACGCUGCAGGGCAUCGCCCUCAAGUACGGCGUCACGAUGGAACAAAUAAAGAGGGCAAAUAAACUGUUCACUAAUGACUGUAUAUUUCUGAGGAAAACCCUGAAUAUUCCUGUUGUAUCAGAGAAACCAUUACUGUUCAAUGGACUUAGUUCACUGGAGUCUCCUGAGAAUGAAACUGUUGACAGCUCCCCUUCUUGUGAUGAAGGACUAGUAACAGUUCAGGAAGAAAGUAGUUCUUCUCCCAGUCCUCAAGAGCCUGACAGUCAGCCCACUGCACCAGAAGAAUUAUCUGCCAAAGAUUUCCUACAGAGAUUGGACUUGCAGAUUAAGUUAUCCAAACAAGCAGCCAGAAAACUAAAAGAUGACAAUGUCAGAGAGGAGGAGGAUGAGGAAGGUCCCUAUGCAACUUCUUCAUAUCACCAGUAGAAGACAGAUGUGAUGGCCUGAAAACUUCCCAUGAAAUCAGUUCUUAAAGAACUAAACAGUCAAUAAUUCAAAACCCAAGUCUUUUGGACUCAUCAUCUUGAUGUACUUAAAAGAAGUCACGAAUGGGUAAUUGCACUGAAAUGAUGACCUCUUCUGCCUUCCAUAGGUUAAUGUCCUUAUGCUAUAUCAACAAAGGGUUUAAGCCUUCCAAAACUAGUAAUGGCCUUUCUACCCCUUCAGUGCAAACUGUAGCAUGGUAGCAACAAUAUAUCCUUGAGGUCACCUUUAUGCAGGAUGUUGAUCUUUAGUAAAGAUUUUGUAAAUAAUUGUUAAAGUGAAAUUUGUUUUAAGUAUUUAAAAAUAUUAAAGUUUGCUUGUAAAUGACAAACUAUGAAAGUAAUAGGAAUUUACUUAUUCUGCAAACAUAGGCAAGUUUGCUGUGAAAGUUUUGUCUACUUCAGGGCUGCAGAACUUGCCUCUGAACUCUGUGUGUGUGUCUGUGUGUGGUUAUGAUGUAUUCCUAGAAAGGGGGAAUUCAACUUGCUUUGAUGAGUUAAAGCCUUUAUGGUUAAACAACUGUUUUCAAAUUGGAUUUCUGCUAAUACAAGGGACGAGUUACAGCCAGAGAUUUUUCUUUGUGAGAUAUGACAUUGGAAUAUCAGAUGUGUGUUCUUGUGUGCAGUUAUAUUUUGUGUGGGUUUAAUUUAAUAAAAUACAAAACCACCGAUGUGUCUGUUCAUAAUG